GCAGUUGUCAUAAUAAACCCGGUAGGGAAGUGUCUGAGCUCUAAUGAUUAGUAAUUUAAUCAUGUGAAUCAUUCAGCAGAUGAUCAAUACAUGAUUGUGGAGCUGUGUUCACAUGUCUAUUGAGUUCAUAUCUGACCUGCGAUCAUCAUCUGUCAGUCAGGUAUAAUGUCGGACUCAUUUGUGGGCUCUGUGAGGAGGGGUCUGCGCUUGGAUGCGUUUAAGGAUGUUGCUCGUCAGUAUCCUGUUAUCUUCUGUAUCUUCACAUUCAUGAUCUCCUCCACCAUCAUACUCAACCAAUAUCUCCAUAUUCUGAUGAUAUUCUGGUCGUUUCUGGCUGGAGUGAUCACGUUCUACUGCUCAUUCAGUCCUGAAUAUCUGCUGCCUAAUAUUCUCAUCUCUAUAAGGACCAAGAGGAAGGCAGAGGAGCAGCAGGUGUUAUUACCACUGUUUCACAGCUGUGCGGUAUGCGGCAAACACCAGUGCAAACGUCACAGACCUACACUUCUCCUAGAGAACUAUCAGCCAUGGCUGGACCUAAAAGUGCCGUCCAAAGUGGAUGCCAGUAUUUCAGAGGUUUUGGAGUUAGUUCUAGAGAACUUUGUGUAUCCGUGGUACAGAGAUAUUACAGAUGAUGAGGCGUGUGUGAAUGAAUUGAGACAGACGAUUCGUUUCUUUGCUGCAGUUCUGGUUCACAGAGCACAAAAGGUGGAUGUUCCUUCACUUGUGAUGGGUAAAAUGCUGAAAGCUGCUAUGAAGCACAUUGAGUUCAUUGCUAAAGCACAGCAGAAAGUGAAGGAUGCAGAAGGUCUUGAGCAGGCAGCACUGGUGGAGUAUGGUGCAGAUCUGCAUGUAGCUCUGCGCAGCCGUAAAGAUGAGCUGCAAUACUUGAGGAAACUCACAGAGCUGCUGUUUCCGUAUGUCAUGCCUCCUAAAGCGACAGACUGCAGAUCUUUGGCUCUGCUGAUUCGAGAGGUCAUGACAGGUUCUGUGUUUCUCCCAAUCAUGGACUUCAUGGCCGACCCUGACACAGUGAAUCACAUGGUGCUCAUCUUUAUUGAUAAAACUCCACCUGAGCAGUUGAUGGACCCCCCGUCUACACUGGUGCCGUUCCUGCAGAAGUUUGCAGACCCUCGCAACAAGAAAACCUCUGUGUUGAAGUUGGAUUUGAAGGUGAUCAGGGAAGAGCAGGAUCUGUUAUUUCGCUUCAUGAGUUUUCUGAAGGAGGAAGGAGCUGUACAUGUGCUGCAGUUCUGCCUGACUGUGGAGGAGUUUAAUGACAGGAUCUUGUGUCCUGACUUGAGUGACUCUGAGAUGCAACGUCUCCAUGAAGAGGUACAGAAGAUCUAUCAGAUGUACUGUCUGGAGGAGAGCAUCGACAAGAUCAGCUUUGACUCCUUCAUCAUAGACGAGAUACACAACAUCGCUCAGGGGCCGUAUACAGAUGUGGUGAAGCUGCAGACCAUGCGCUGUCUGUUUGAGGCAUAUGAACAUGUGCUGUCUCUACUUGAGAACGUCUUCACACCCAUGUUCUGCCACAGUGAUGAGUAUUUUAGACACCUUCUGUGGGGCGCUGAGUCUCCAGCAAGAAACUCAAAGUUAAACAGGAAUUUGAGUUUGGAUGAUUUAAGUAUGCACCCUGUCAUCGCUGUUUGUAUGUUGUGUAAAAUGAAUACGUCGAAGCGUGGCGAGUCGUUUGGAAUCAGCCGCAUCGGCAGCAAGAUAAAGGGAGUGUUUAAGAGCAGUACGAUGGAAGGUGCACUGCUGCCACAAUACGCCAUGAUUGAUGGAGAAGACGACACGGUUGAGGAGGCAGUGAUGGUUUUUGAAGAUGACUCUCCAGGGCCUGUGGAGGUUGUGGGUACUCCAGGAACAUUGCGAAACCUCUCUGCCUGGACCAUAUCCAUCCCUUAUGUGGAUCUCUAUGAUGACGACAUGAAGAAAGAACGCAUUCCAGUCUUCUGUAUCGAUGUGGAGCGCCAUGAUAGAAAGAACGUGGGACAUGAGACUGAGACCUGGACUGUUUAUAGAAGAUACCUGGAGUUUUACGUGUUGGAGUCCAAACUCACAGAAUUUCAUGGCCCAUUCCAGGAUACCCAACUUCCUUCUAAAAGAAUUAUUGGACCAAAGAAUUAUGAGUUCUUGUCCUCCAAACGAGGUGAAUUUGAGGAAUAUUUACAGAAACUGCUUCAUCACCCUGAGUUGAUUAACAGUCAGCUGCUGGCAGACUUCCUCUCACCUCAUAGUAUAGAGUCACAGUUCCAGGAUAAAAGGCUGCCAGAUGUAAACUUGGGGAAGAUAUUCAAGUCUGUACCUGGAAAACUUAUGAAAGAGAAAGGGCAGAACCUGGAGCCAUUUAUCCAGUCAUUCUUCAGCUCCUGUGAAUCCCCCAAACCCAAACCCAGCAGACCUGAACUCACCAUCCUCAGCCCUACCACAGAAAAUAACAAGAAGCUGUUUAAUGAGCUGUACAGGAACAAUGCCAAUCUACAUGAAGGUGUAGAGAGGAAGCACAACCAGAACUAUUUCAUGGAGCUCAUGGAGGUUGAUGGAGUUUAUGACUACAUGAUGUACAUAGGUCGAGUGGUGUUCCACAUGCCUGACUGGCUACAUCACAUCCUGAGUGGAGGUCGUAUACUCUUGAAGAGGACUCUAGAGGCGUAUGUAGGACACUAUUUCCAGUGCAAACUAGAUCAGAUCAUGCAAGAACAUCGCCUGGUCUCCCUCAUCACACUGCUGAGAGAUGCAGUGUUCUGUGAGAGUACAGAAGAACGGUCUCCUGAAGACAAACAAAGACGAGCCAAACACACCUUUGAAGAGAUGAUGAAUUACCUUCCAGAUCUAGUGGGGAAAUGUAUCGGUGAAGAAGCAAAGUAUGAGGGCAUCAAGAUGCUUUUCAAUGCCAUUCAGCAGCCCCUCCUCAACAAACAAAUGACGUAUGUAUUGCUUGACAUUGCUGUUCAGGAGCUUUUUCCAGAGCUCAACAAGAAUCAGAAGGCUUGUCUUUCCACAAGAUGGAUGUGAAACUUUAUCUAUCAGAUGCCGAAGAGUCAACAACAUAUCAACAUCAAAUAUUUUUUAUUACACUAUUCAAAUACAGUUAUUUAUUCACUCUAAUGAGGUGAAUCUAACCAUUUGUUUUAACCGUGCCUUAACUGUAACAGAAUCAUGAUAUUAUAACAUCAGAAAAACACACAAGACAUUUAUCAGUAUAACAUCCUUUAUAACAGAUUUAAACAUUUCCAGCUUCCCCUCAGACAAUUAAACAGAUACAACAAACAGAGACAAAUAUAUAUAUAUAUAUAUAUAUAUAUAUAUAUAUAUAUAUAUA